UUAGAUACGGUCUAUAUAUCUCAUAGGUCACGUUGCAAGAAUGAUGAAUUUCCACCCUAUUUGUUUUUUAGGAGAUUUCCGUUUCUAGCACCAUAAUUUGAGACUCCAUAGAUAGCAACUUGCUUUUAUAUUCUUUCCUGCAUUUAGGUGCUUACAUAAAAGAAACCAAUGGUUUUGUAGGAACCUGUUCUCCUUGACAAAAGUGCAUGUCUGCCUAUCAGCUUUCACAAAGCCAUUUUCUUGUCGUAAUCCAUAGUAAUCUGAAAAAAUGGCGGUUGAGAAAUACGAAAUUGCUAAAGAUGUAACUGAAUUGAUUGGUAAAACUCCAUUAGUGUAUCUCAACAACGUUCUGGAUGGUUGCGUUGCCCGUAUUGCUGCUAAACUUGAGGGGAUGGAGCCAUGCUCCAGUGUCAAAGACAGGAUUGGCUAUAGCAUGAUUGCUGAUGCAGAAGCCAAAGGCCUCAUCACACCAGGGGAGAGUGUUCUAAUUGAGCCUACAAGUGGAAAUACUGGCAUAGGACUGGCCUUCAUGGCUGCUGCCAAGGGUUAUAAACUCAUCAUCACAAUGCCUGCAUCAAUGAGUAACGAAAGAAGAAUAAUUCUCCGUGCUUUUGGAGCUGAGUUGGUUCUUACUAAUCCUGCUAAAGGCAUGAAAGGGGCUGUCCAAAUGGCUGAGGAGAUCAAGGCGAAGACACCCAAUGCAUAUAUCCUCCAGCAGUUUCAAAACCCUUCUAAUCCAAAGGUUCAUUAUGAGACUACUGGACCUGAGAUAUGGAAAGGUUCUGGAGGGAAAGUUGAUGCCCUUGUAUCCGGGAUAGGAACUGGUGGAACCAUUACAGGUGCCGGGAAAUACCUGAAAGAGCUGAAUCCUAACAUUAAGCUAUAUGGAGUAGAACCAGUUGAAAGCCCCAUUUUAUCUGGAGGAAAACCUGGUCCACAUAAGAUCCAAGGAAUAGGUGCUGGGUUUGUCCCAGGGGUUUUGGAUGUCAAGAUCGUUGAUGAAUUUGUUCAAAUAUCAAGUGAUGAAGCAAUUGAAACUGCAAAGCUUCUUGCAUUGAAAGAAGGUUUGCUAGUUGGAAUAUCAUCGGGCGCUGCUGCAGCUGCUGCAAUUAAGAUUGCAAAGAGGCCAGAGAAUGCUGGAAAACUCAUUGUUGUGGUCUUUCCCAGCUUUGGAGAGAGAUAUCUGUCCUCUGUUCUGUUUGAUUCUGUGAGGCGAGAGGCCGAGAGCAUGAAAUUUGAACCUUGAGCGUUCCAGAUUUUUCAGAUUGGAGAAGAGUAGGGAGGUUAUAAGAAAAACAUGAUUUUCCUUUUGGUCAACAUUUGGAUUUCCCAACACUUUGUAAUAAGAGACAAUCGAGUGAUGGAUGUCAGCGCAUCUGAUUCCAAACCCAUGCUGUGUUUCUUUCACCAUAAAUAAGCAAUCAUAUUCAUAUCUUGUAAUUUACUUCCGAUUUGUUGACCCAUUUUCUCAUG